CCGUUGUUGACAUCACCAAAUCGAUCAUGUCAUGUGAAAAUGAAAUAAAUUUAAGAAAUUAAGCUGAAACGUACAUUUGCAGCCGGCUUGUGUUUAGAUUAAAGAAUUGUCCUUUUUAUCUGCUUAUUGUCCAGAAAUUGCUACUGAAGUGAGAUUAUAAAGAAGGCAGGAAGAUGGGGUCGUUGUUUCGGAGUGAGGAUAUGACUUUAUGUCAGCUGUUUCUACAGUCAGAGGCAGCUUAUGCUUGUGUCUCAGAACUGGGAGAACUUGGACUUGUACAGUUUAGAGAUUUGAAUCCAGAUGUGAAUGCUUUCCAGAGGAAGUUUGUGAACGAAGUGAGGAGGUGUGAUGAGAUGGAGAGAAAACUAAGGUUUCUGGAAAAGGAAAUAAAGAAAGAUGGUAUACCGAUGUUAGAUACUGGGGAUAAUCCAGAUGCUCCACAGCCUCGGGAAAUGAUUGACCUAGAGGCAACCUUUGAGAAGUUGGAGUCAGAAAUGAGGGAUGUUAACUCUAACACAGAAGCCCUGAAGAAAAAUUUCCUAGAGCUUACAGAGCUUAAACACAUCUUGAGAAAAACUCAGACAUUCUUUGAUGAGGCAGAACAUCAUCAUAUACAGGCAAUGCAUGAGCCAAUUGUGACAGACGACAGCGUGGGACUGCUGGGAGAGGACAUGGCACGCACAGGACAGGCACUUAAACUUGGGUUUGUAGCUGGAGUGAUUCUACGAGAACGUAUUCCAGCAUUUGAGAGGAUGUUGUGGCGUGUUUGUAGGGGCAACGUGUUCCUGAAACAAGCUGAAAUAGAUGCUCCUCUAGAGGACCCUGUCACUGGGGAUAAAGUAGACAAGUCUGUGUUCAUUAUAUUCUUUCAAGGAGAACAACUUAAAACCAGAGUAAAAAAGAUCUGUGAAGGUUUCCGGGCAACUCUUUACCCUUGUCCAGAAACACAGCCUGAGAGGAGAGAAAUGUCUAUUGGUGUUAUGACACGUAUAGAAGAUCUCAACACUGUGCUAGGUCAGACCCAGGAUCAUAGACACAGGUUACUGGUAGCAGCAGCCAAAAAUAUCAAAGUGUGGUUUAUCAAAGUGAGGAAAAUCAAAGCUAUAUACCAUACACUGAACAUGUUUAACCUGGACGUUACUCAGAAAUGUCUGAUUGCCGAGUGCUGGUGCCCGGUUGCAGACUUAGAUAGAAUCCAGCAAGCUCUUCAAAGAGGAAAUGAGAGAAGCGGUAGCUCUGUACCUUCAAUUUUAAAUCGAAUGUCGACCCGCCAAGAACCACCCACCUAUAAUAGACUGAACAAGUUUACAGCAGUAUUUCAACAUAUUGUUGAUGCAUACGGUGUAGCUAGUUAUAGAGAAGUUAAUCCAGCUCCCUGGACAAUCAUCUCUUUCCCAUUCCUGUUUGCUAUCAUGUUUGGAGAUACAGGACACGGUACCAUCAUGUUACUGUUUGCCCUGUUCCUUAUUCUCAGAGAAAAACAGCUGGCGGCAAAAUCUGCUGAUGAUGAGAUAUUUGGAAUGUUCUUCCACGGACGUUACAUAAUUAUGUUGAUGGGAGCAUUUUCUAUAUACACGGGUCUUAUCUACAAUGAUAUUUUCUCGAAAUCUCUCAAUAUCUUUGGAUCUGGAUGGGCACCUGACCCUGAUAUGUACAGUUACAAGCACAUGGACAAAAGUGCAUAUAAAAUCAAUCCAAAUGCCAGUUGUUAUGUGAAUGGACCAUAUCCAUUUGGACUGGAUCCAGUAUGGCAAAUGACAAUAAACAAAAUUACAAUAACCAACUCACUUAAGAUGAAAAUGUCAGUGAUAUUUGGAGUGACACACAUGUUAUUUGGUCUGUCUCUGAGCCUUUUGAACCACAGGUACUUCAGAAAGCCUAUCAACAUUUACUGUGAGUUUAUUCCACAGCUCAUCUUUAUCUGCUCUAUCUUCGGAUACUUGAUUCUGCUAAUCUUUGUCAAGUGGUUAAAGUUUACAGAGGAGGAUAGCAGAAAAGCUCCAAAUCUUCUCAUUGGAUUGAUCAAUAUGUUCCUGUUUAACUACAGGAAGGAAGAGGAACUCUGGUAUUCAGGACAGAAAGGUUUUCAGAUAUUCUUGGUGUUAGUUGGUGUUAUGUGUGUACCGUGGAUGCUGUGUGUAAAACCGUAUCUUCUCUGGAAACAGAAUCAGUCAGGACAGAAGUCCCAUGUCUACAUGUUAGUUAAUGGUGAUGCAGAUACCGAUGUACCCGAAGUUGUUCAUCAUGUGGACUCUGAAAAUCCAAAUACCCAUGAUGCUGAUGAUGAUAUUGAAGAAAAGCCAUUUGACAUCAGUGAGGUGAUCAUCAACCAGGCUAUACACACUAUAGAAUACUGCCUAGGGUGUAUAUCCCAUACAGCCUCGUACCUCCGACUCUGGGCACUCAGUCUUGCCCAUGCACAACUAUCUGAGGUGUUAUGGGCUAUGGUGAUGCAGAUUGGAUUCAGCAUGAAAUCCCAGGUGGUCAGCCUCUUUUUGAUAAUCUUCUGCUUUGCAUUCUGGGCCACGGCGACAAUUAUCAUCCUUGUGAUGAUGGAAGGAAUGUCUGCUUUCCUUCAUGCUCUGCGUUUGCACUGGGUGGAGUUCCAGUCGAAAUUCUACAAAGGAGAAGGCUAUCUCUUUGUUCCAUUUUCAUUUGACAACCUAGUUGAGUAUGGAGUAGAAGAGAAAUAAAUACAGCAUGUAGAGACUUAGAAGACAGAUCAUGAUGAGAUACAAUACACAGUGAUACUACACUACAGGAUCGAUGGUCAAAGUCUGCCACUUGUUGGUUGAUGUUGGUGUAAUAGUGCAGCAGUGUCCUGUCUAAAACAUUUAUAUGUAGGGCAUACUAGUAAUUCAAGAAAAUAUCUAGGGUAUCCAGUCUUAUUAAGAAAGAAAUAACAAGUAUGUGAGUUUUUAGCUCACCUGAGCAAUGCUCGGGUGAGUUUUUCUGAUCGCUCGAUGUCCGUCGUCUGUCUGUCUGUCGUCUGUCUGUCGUCCGUCAACAUUUAGCUUUUGUAUGCGAUAGAGGCUGUAUUUUUCAACUCAUCUUCAUGAAUUUUGGUCAGAAUGAUUACCUUGAUGAAAUCUAGGCCGACUUCGAAAAUGGGUCAUCUCGGGUCAAAAACUAGGUCACUAGGUCAAAUCAAAGAAAAAACCUUGUGUAUGCAAUAGAGGCUGUAUUUUUCAAUUGAUCUUCAUGAAUAUUGGUCAGAAUGAUAACCUUGAUGAAAUCUAGGCCGAGUUCGAAAAUGGGUCAUCUCGGGUCAAAAACUAGGUCACUAGGUCAAAUCAAAGAAAAACCUUGUGUAUGCAAUAGAGGCUGUAUUUUUCAAUUGAUCUUAAUGAAUAUUGGUCAGAAUGAUAACCUUGAUGAAAUCUAGGCCGAGUUUGAAAAUGGGUCAUCUCGGGUCAAAAACUAGGUCACUAGGUCAAAUCAAAGAAAAACCUUGUGUAUGCGAUAGAGGCUGUAUUUUUCAAUUGAUCUUCAUGAAUAUUGGUCUGAAUGAUUGCCUUGAUGAAGUCUAGGCCGAGUUCGAAAAUGGGUCAUCUCGGGUCAAAAACUAGGUCACUAGGUCAAAUCAAAGAAAAACCUUGUGUAUGCGAUAGAGGCUUUAUUUUUCAAUUGAUCUUCAUGAGUAUUGGUCAGAAUGAUUGCCUUGAUGAAAUCUAGGCCGAGUUCGAAAAUGGGUCAUCUCAGGUCAAAAACUAGGUCACUAGGUCAAAUCAAAGAAAAACCUUGUGUAUGCGAUAGAGGCGGUAUUUUUCAAUUAAUCUUUAUGAGUUUUGGUCAAAAUGAUAACCUUGAUGAAAUCUAAGCCGACUUCGAAAAUGGGUCAUCUCGAGUCAAAAACUAGGUCACUAGGUCAAAUCAAAGAAAAACCUUGUGUAUGCGAUAGAGGCUGUAUUUUUCAAUUAUUCAUCAUGAAUAUUGGUCAGAAUGAUAACCUUGAUGAAAUCUAGGCCGAGUUCGAAAAUGGGUAAUCUCGGAUCAAAAACUAGGUCACUAGGUCAAAUCAAAGAAAAACCUUGUGUAUGCGAUAGAGGCUGUAUUUUUCAAUUGAUCUUCAUGAAUAUUGGUCAGAGUGAUUGCCUUGAUGAAAUCUAGGCCGAGUUUGAAAAUGGGUCAUCUCGGGUUAAAAACUAGGUCACUAAGUCAAAUCAAAGAAAAAUCUUGUGUAUGCGAUAGAGGGGGUAUUUUUCAAUUGAUCUUCAUGAAUUUUAGUCAGAAUGAUUACCUUGAUGAAGUCUAGGCCGAGUUCGAAAAUGGGUCAUCUAGGGUCAAAAACUAGGUCACUAGGUCAAAUCAAGGGAAAACCUUGUGUAUGCGAUAGAGGCUGUAUUUUUCAAUUGAUCUUCAUGAAUUUUGGUAAGAAUGAUUACCUUGAUGAAAUUUAGACCAAGUUCGAAAAUGGGUCAUCUGGGGUCAAAAACUAGGUCACUAGGUCAAAUCAAAGAAAAGCCUUGUGUAUGCAAUAGAGGCUGUAUUUUUCAACUGAUCUUCAUGAAAUUUAGCCAGAGUGAUUACCUUGAUAAAAUCUAGGCCGACUUCGAAAAUGGUCACUAGGUCAAAUCGAAGAAGAACAUUGUGUAUGCAAUAGAGGAUGUAUUUUGUAGUUGAUCUUCAUGAAAUUUGGUCAGAGUGAUUGCCUUGAUGAAAUCUAGGUCCAGUUUGAAUAUGGGUUAUCUGAGGUCAAAAACUAGGUGACUAGGUCAAAUUAAAGAAAAAUCUUGUGUAUGCAAUAGAGGCUGUUUUUUUUCAAUUGAUUUUUAUGAAAUUUGGUCAGGAUGAUUGCCUUAAUGAAAUCUAGAUAGAAUUUGAAUAAGGGUCAUCUGAGGUCAAAAACUAGGUCACUUGGUCAAAUCAAAGAAAAACUUGUGUAUGUGAUAGAGGCUGUAUUUUUCAAUUGAUCUUCAUGAAUUUUGGUCAGAAUGAUUUUGCCUUGAUAAAAUCUAGGUCAAGUUUGAACAUGGGUCACCUAGGGUCAAAAACUAGGGCAUAUCUAAGAAAAUGCUUGUUUUAUCGCAAGAGACCAAUUUUUUGGUCCUAAUUGGUCAGAAUAUUUGUUUCCAUGAAAUCACUAGGUCAAACAUGUUUUACACUGUUAUGGUUUUUUUCUUAGGUGAGCGACCUAGGGCCAUCUUGGCCCUCUUGUUUCUUUUCUUGUGUACUGGAAUGAUAUUUACUUUUGAAUACAUUUCUAUAGUGUGCACAAAACUACCUUCAGUCAAAGAGAAGUGUUGUAUUCCAUAUUUAGUGUUAGUCCUUGUAGCGUUGAGAGAAAUGGUGUUUUCCACAUGUAUCGUUAGUGCAGAAAGCUUUAUUAAAAGUCUGUGCUUUUGUCCUGGUGUGUGGUGUUCCUUUAACUUAACAUUCAAGUUUGUUAAACAUUUAGAAAUAACAAGUUUUGUUGAUAGAAAAAAAUCUCUCUUUUUUUCAACUUUCAUUAAUACAUUAGAACAUUUAUUUAUGUAUACUGGAUGGCUUAUGCAGUAUAACACAGAUCACUCAAAGCUACAAGUUGGGGAAGUAAAAUGCUUGAGUUAUGUUUGGUUUUGAGUGAUCCAAACUUAGAAAUAAGGCCAGCCCGCUUAGCUCAGUAGGGAGAGCGGGGUCGCGAGUUCGAUCCUCGGGCGGGGCAUAUGUUCUCCGUGACUAUUUGAUAAACGACAUUGUGUCUGAAAUCAUUAAUCCUCCACCUCUGAUUCAUGUGGGGAAGUUGGCAGUUACUUGCAGAGAACAGGUUUGUACUGGUACAGAAUCCAGGAACACUGGUUAGGUUAACUGCCCGCCAUAACAUGACUGAAAUACUGUUGAAAAACGGCGUUAAACCCAAAACAAACAAACAAACAAACAAACUUAGAAAUCAACCCUUGUACUCAAGUUGAUGGUCAGAUGAGUGUUUUACUGAAAAGUAGAUUCAGUUGUACUGUAGUAUAAAAGGUGGGAAGCAUUCCUAUUUAAAAGGGUGAAACUAUGAUAUAAUUGCAUUUGGUUGUGUGAUAACUUGAUUCUUGUCUUGAAGACUGGAUAGUGACUAAGAAUACCCACCUGUAAGGGUGUUAGAUAAAUUAAUGUUUUCAUUUUGUUUUUGCCAGUUAUCAUAUCAAAGCAAACAUUAUUUAUUAUAUGGUUUGUUUAUGUUUGUGAAAGACUUCAGUAAUUUAGAAUAUAAAUAUAAUAGAUUGUUUCUAUUCAAUUUUUCAAUAUGAACAUGACCCUGACACAAUAUUUGAGCCGUACCAUGAGAAAACCAACAAAGUGGCUUUGCGACCAGCAUGGAUCCAGACCAGUCUGCGCAUUCGCCCAGUCUGGUCAGGAUCCAUGCUGUUUGCUAAUGGUUUCUCUAAUUGCAAAAGGCUUUAAAAAGCGAACAGCAUGGAUCCUGACCAGACUGUGUGGAUGCGCAGGCUGGUCUGGAUCCAUGCUGGUUGCAAAGCCAUUAUAUUGGUUUUUUCAUGGCGUGGCUCAUUUUAUUAUUGAAAUACUGUUUUGUUUGCUGUGUUGAAUGAGUUAGUUUUAGAUUUUCCAAGUUAGUAUGUUCAAAGUCUAAAAAUUUUAGAAAAAUGUACAUGACUGUAUGCUAUAUGCUUCUUCCAAGAGUUAUGUUUAAAUGCUUUAUGAAUGCAAAACCAAAUCAGCUUGUAGAAAUUGGCAAUGCACAAACUAGUACACAAUACUUUGUCGGUCAGAUAUAGAUCUUUGUUGUCAUUUCAGUCAUAAUUUUGUACCACCAGUCAGUGAUAUUGUAAGGAUAAGAUCAUUUUACAUACUGUAGCUUCAGUCAGUAUUAUUGCAAAGAAAAGAUCAUUUAUAUGCUUGUACUGUAGCUUCAAGGAGUGAUAUUGCAAAGAUAAGGUCAUUUAAUAUACUGUGGCUUCAGUCGGGUAAAUUGCAAAGAUAAGGUCAUUUAAUAUACUGUAGCUGCCGUCGGGUAAAUUGCAAAGAUAAGGUUAUUUAAUAUACUGUAGCUGCAGUUGGAUAAAUUGCGAAGAUAAGGUCAUUUAAUAUACUGUGGCUGCAGUCAGUUUAAUUGCAAAGAUAAGGUCAUUUAAUAUACUGUAACUGCAGUCGGAUAAAUUGCAAAGAUAUGGUCAUUUAAUAUACUGUGGCUGCAGUCAGUUAAAUUGCAAAGAUAAGGUCAUUUAAUAUACUGUAGCUGCAGUUGGGUAAAUUGCAAAGAUAAGGUCAUUUAAUAUACUGUAGCUGCAGUUGGUUAAAUUGCAAAGAUAAGGUCAUUUAAUAUACUGUAGCUGCAGUUGGAUAAAUUGCAAAGAUAAGGUCAUUUAAUAUACUGUGGCUGCAGUCGGGAAAAUUGCAAAGAUAAGGUCAUUUUACAUACUGUGGCUUCAGUCGGGAAAAUUGCAAAGAUAAGGUCAUUUUACAUGCUGUGGCUUCAGUCAGGAAAAUUGCAAAGAUAAGGUCAUUUUACAUACUGUGGCUUCAGUCAGGUAAAUUGCAAAGAUAUGGUCAUUUAAUAUACUGUAGCUGCAGUUGGGUAAAUUGCAAAGAUAAGGUCAUUUAAUAUACUGUAGCUGCAUCAGUUGAAUUGCAAAGAUAAGGUUAUUUAAUAUACUGUAGCUGCAGUCAGUUAAAUUGCAAAGAUAGGAUCAUUAUACAUACUGUAGCUUUUGUCAGUGAUAUUUCUAAGAUAAGGUCAUACAUAUACUGUAGUGUCCUGUUAACUCCUAGAAUUCUUUGUAUGAUGUGGUAGUCACUGAAACUAGUAAUGUUUUCCUGUUAUCUUAACCUUUUUUGUUGUAAUUUUUAUUGUGUCUGUAAAGUGAAGAAAUGUGUUAGUUCCAAUUGAAAAAAUAUCAAUUUUCGUUAAUCAAGAUAUGAUAUGUCAAAGACUGUGCUUUACUCAUGAUUUACUCACUUUGUGGCAUAAUAUUAGUUUAUCAGUGGAACAGAAAUAUUAACUUUAUAUCCAGUACUGUAUCCUCGGAAUUAGUGAUUAUUAACUAAUAAAGUUGUGCAAUAUUACAUGCAACAACAUGUGUACUUUGUCUUAUGGCAAUAUAUUUGAUAAAAAGACAAGCAAUAUUAAUUUUCUUCUGUGAAAAUCUAUGAAGCAUUAGUAGCAGUGUGAUAUCUUCAUUAGCAGUGUGAUAUCUUCAUUAGCAGUGUGAUAUCUACAUUAGCAGUGUGAUAUCUACGGUAGUGACUAGAGUCUGCAGCAUGUAUUUAUUAGGACUCCUUUGCUAAAUCGCUAGUCCAUAGUAUGUGCUGUAUGACCGGCCUAAAGCUCAAUACCAUUUUUUUUUUAGCUAAAGUCUGAACUUGAAAAAAAUAAAUAACUAAAUUCUAUUUCUGAUGUCAUGUAAUAAAACACUUAUUGAAUGGCUUGCCAGUUGGUUAAUAGUAAAAGUUAUUGACUAGUUCCUUGAGACCUCAGGCAAUAGAUUUUACUAUUGACUGGCAAGCCUUUCAGCAAGUGUGUAUCUACACAUUACAAGAUCUCUGUGAGAGUUUGUCUUUGUGUGUAUGAAAUGAUUUUUUUCAGACCCCCCCCCCCCC